AUGACCAAGCCAUGGACCAACUUGAGCUUGAAAGCAAUCUUCGAGUAUGUAGAAGCAAAUAAGCGAAUGAACAUUUCCAACACUACAUCAAGUAUUGAAUACGCCGAUAUUGCUGAAAAGUUGGUUAUUCGGGUUAGAGAAGUGGAUAGAGGAACACUGGAAAGGAUAACAGAUAUUUUGUUCAACGCCAGAAACAAGAAUAUAGUAUUUGAAAACUUCCAUUUGGAGGCAGAAAGCAUGGCAGCGCUUGUUCAAUCAUGGCAAGAGAACCAUUACGAGAUAGGGAGGGUUUUCACUUCACAUUGCCGAAGCCAAAUAAUAGGAUUACCAGAUUUUGUGGAAGACGUACUGGAAAUAUCGAAUGGACAAAAAGUCGUUCUCAAGAGCUGUGAUUGGCCCCCGACAUCUGAGUUGGUUUUGUACAUCUCCAGAAGGGAUUUUUUAGGACUGGAUCAAACAAAAUUGGAAGUGAUGCCGAUCGGAUCAACUCGCCCAGCUACCAUUCUUGAUUCACUUCGGUCAGCCGAAAGAUCAGUGCCAUUGAACCUGCAUUUUCUGACUCUCGAAAAAGAGAAAAUUGUAGUCAACGAAGUCUGCUACAAGGUGGAAUCAAAAUAUCAAAGGAUCAAAACAGUUCUGAACGACAGAAAACAUGUUCGCGUGGAAAAUUUGGAAAUUUACGAUUUAAAUGUAGUCCCAGACAGUUUAAAAUUCAGAACGAGGAACUUGGACUCUGGAAACUUAAACCUCGAAAGGGUGCUUCCUUCUAUCGACAGAGCUAGCUUUCCGUUGAAAGAACUGCGAGUGAACAUUUCUAAAACUCCAAAUCUCGAAAGGUAUUUGGGAUUCACUCAGUCAUUGAUACUUUUCAAGACUAAGCAUGAUGGAGAAAAUGCAGAUUUGGUUCGAAGCAUUUUGUAUAACCGCAAGUGCCCAAAUAUAGAGCUAAAAAAUUUUAUUCUGUCGAGUAAUACUACGGUUGCUCUUAUCCAAAAUUGGACAAAUAACCAGAAAGAAAUCGGAACGGUCUUGACAAUACAUCAUGAAUAUCGGGAACUACAGAUAUAUGUUGACGACCUACUAGAAGUGUUGGAUGGACGGUUUGCUUUUUUCAACGAUUCCGCUUUGCAAAACAAUGAGAAUCGCCGUUGCAUUUCGUUCCCGUUCAACCAGACGUCCGAGUUGGUUUUGUAUAGUAUCAGAGAUGGAACAAAUGAGGAAAGAAGAAUAAAACUUGAAGUGAUGCCAAUCGGAUCUACUAGAGAAGAAACCCUUUUUGAUAUCUUCAUAGAACUGGAACCCAAUUCCUAUUGUCCAGCACUUCGGACAGCUGAAAGGUCAGGGCCGUUAAACUUGCAAUCUCUGACUCUCGAAAAAGAAAAAAUUGUGGUCAACGAUGUAUGUAUGCUACAAAGUGGAAUCAAAAUCUCAAAGGAUCAAAACAAUUUUGGACGGCAGAAAAGAAACAGUCUGAAAAUCAGUCCGAAGAACUUGGACUCAGGAAACUUAAACCUUGAAAGCGUGCUUCCUUCUAUCAACAGAGGCAGUCUCCUAUUGACAGAACUCCGAGUGAACAUUUCUAAAACUUCAAACCUGAAAAAGUAUUUGAAAUUCACUCAGACACUGAUACUUUUUUUUACUAACUUUGAUCAAGAAAAGUCAGAUUUGGUUCGAAGCAUUUUGUAUGACCGCAAGAGCCCAAAUAUAGUGCUAGAAAAUUUUAGUUUGUUGAGUGAUGAUACGGUUGCUCUCAUCCAAAAUUGGAGAAAUAACCAGAAAAAUAUCGGAAUGGUUUUGACAAUGCAGCAUGAAUAUUGGGAUAUGGCUCUUCCUUAUUUUGACGAAAUACUAGAAAAUUCAAAUGGAAGUUUUGUUUAUUUCAACGAUUCCGUUUUGCAAAACAAUAUGGACCGUAGUUGCAUUUCGUUUCCGUUCAACCAGACGUCCGAGGUGGUAUUGGAUAGUAAAGAUGGACCAAGUGGACUUCGACUCAACUCCCAUUGUCCGGCACUUCGGUCCGCCGAAAGCUCAGUCCCGUUGAACCUGCAAUCUCUGACUCUCGAAAAAGAGAAAGUUGUAGCCAACGAUGUCUGCUACAGGGUAGAAUCAGAAUCACAAGAAGUUAAUACUAUUUUGGAUGGCAGAAAACAUGUUUGCGUGGAAAUAUUGAAAAUUCACUAUUUAAGUGUGAUACCAGAUAGCCUGAAAAUCAGUACGAGGAACUUAGACGCUGGAGACUUAGACCUCGAAAGAGUCUUUUCUUUUAUCAACAAAGCUAACUUCCCGUUGACAGAACUCCGAGUGAACAUUGCUAAAACUCCAACUCUCAAAAAGUAUUUGAGAUGCACUCAGACAUUGGUGAAAGUCGUCGAAGAAGAGGACCCCGCUGAAGCUAAAGAACGUCGAAGAUCGGUGGUGCUGCUGAACGUCCCCGAAUCUGAAUCUUACUUCCAGCAUGAAAGAAAUCUUCUAGACGUCACCUCGAUCAAUCUCCUGUUUCGUCAUCUGAAUUUGGGUUGUCAACCAGUGGCACUUUACCGAAUGGGAAAAGAACGAACCGAUGGGAAACCGCGUCUCCUCAAGUUAGUUUUGCCGAAAAGCCAAAUGCAAAGAGAGUUGCUGAAAGUAGCUCCUCAGCUCAAGUCAUUUGAUACGAGAGGGCAUCCACCGGUCUAUGUUCGCAGAAGUAUGAGCAAACUGGAGCUAGAAGCGUUUCGAGAGGAAAGAAAGAAAACGAAACAGUCGCAAGAUAUCCCACGUGUUGCUAAUUCGGAAGAAAUGAUAAUUGACGCCCCUGCUAGUUCUCCUGUUAACGUGACCCCAGUCCCAAAAAACUAA